UCGACACCCCCUUGGCAACUCGCACCGCAGCGACGACAGCGCUGGAGCCAUGGCAUCCUCCUCCGUGUCGAUCAAGGACUCGGACUCGCCCAGCAAGGACAUCGAUGUCCUCUUGGAGCAGAUGGAAGGGCGUUUGGAGGCGAUGUUGGCAAAGCACCAGACGAUGCUGGAGAAAAUUCUGGCCGCACUCGGGCAACGAACUGAAGCAAGCAGAGGACAUGGUAGCUUGAACGUGCCCAAGGCAAAGCAAAAGAAGCCGAGUUCGGGUUCCAUCGUAUCUGAAGCCUCCUUGUCGGUGGAAAGUGUUCGUCCACUGGCCUCUGACGUCGUACCACGAGCACGAGAGAUGGCCAAGGUGGCGUCACGUCGAAGCCCAAACCUCAAACAGAAGCACAAAGUUCACACCGUUCCAAGCAUGUUGGCCCUGGAAUCCGCCAUGCUGCACAACCUGGGGCAUGUAGGCUCUCCCAAGGAGCGAAGCGAUUCCAUCUCGAGCCCAACCGACGCCAAGCGAUCGCCGCGCGAAUCGAAGGAUGGCCGCAUGAGCCCGGUUCCUUCGGUUCCUGCGGCUGCUGCUUCUUCUUUGAUCAGAUUGAAAGAAGGAAAGGGGUGUCCGGAUGGCGUCCGAAAGUACGGAAGAAUGCGUCCAGUGGAGAUCACCAGCCCAAAGUUGGGAGACUUACCGCAGCAGCCCGAGUUCGAACAUGUGGACUCCGAGACCAAGCGGCUUUCCGGCAGUAUCCUGGGGUUGCCCAGAGACUCUUCGCGAAAGGUGACCGCGACCAAAAUUGGGGUCCUGAUGAGAGACUCGCAAUCUGCCAUUCUGGCAGAGUUCGGCAAUACUGCAUCGCAGGAGGAGGUUGAUUUGGACAUGGGCUCCAAGGCGAUGCUCGCCAUUCCGAGUUUCGUUCCCACGGUCUUGGCCAUCCUUUGCGCCAUCGCCGUUCCUAGCAUGAUAGCUGCCAGCCUUUGGGUCAGUUACCUUCAUGCUCACAGCAAGCUUUUCGUGAUUUUUACCACUGGACUUUAUGGAGCGCUUGGCGUAGCAUGCGUGCGCUUGAUGCAAGCAGCCUUAAGGUCAUCGGACUUGCAUUUGGCGCUCCACCGAUUGAACCUCUUCAUUUCAGAGUUCGAUCUGGAGUGGUCAGAAUUGUCGGGGCAGCAGUGGCGUCGCUAUGUGCUGGUUUGGGUGCUUUUGUGUUCUACCCAAGUGGCCUCACAAGGAAUUCAGUACUACCUGUUGGACCAGUUAGAUCAAAGCGAAAGACCCGAGCACGCCUCAAUCAUCACAGGUUUAGGGAUGUUUUCCGUGGUGAUUUUUGCCGCCGGCAGUGCCACGAUCAUGAUCACGUGCUUUGCGCUUUCGCAUAUCAUCCUGGGGAUGGACUCAGCUUUGGACUGCUGGUGUUGUCACGUUUUGAACACUCCAAACUUCGAGUUUGGCGUGGUAAGCUGGAAUAAUUUGCAGGCUUUGCUGAAGUGUGUUGGCCACGAAGUGGACAAGACCUUCAUCUUGGUCCAGGUGCUCUCGUCUUUGGGUUCCAUGUACCUUCUGACCAAUGGUGUGACGUAUGUCUUCCGGGCGGACCAGUUGAACUUCCUCCCGACUUUGGCCGAAGGCUUGGCAGCCCUGCCAUUAAUCUUCCUCUUUGGCCUGAGCAUGCGGCUCUUUUCGCAUGGAGCAUCUCUGACAGAGAAGUGCAAGUUCAUUCCCAGCUUUGUGAAUCAAAUCCCGACAGAGGAGCCCAUCGAUUUGGACAAGCAGUUCUUGGUGAAUUUGUUACGAGCAGCAACGCGGGCUUCUUCGUGCGUAAUGUGCGGCUGACCCAAGAAAUGUUUGUGAAGCAGUUUGUUCUCGUUUGUGGACUUCUUUCAGGACUUUUCGGGGCUCUGUCUCGGAUUUACAUUUGAGGCGAUGCUUUAAGCAACAGGCAGAGAAGCGAGGCGGAGAAUCAGGCCUCAGGCCAAGCUUUUCUUUUUUAACCUGCUGGCACCUCAUGAUAAGAUUCCUCAU